UGGCGACUGUGAGGUACAGAGGAGUAAAAACUGGACGCUUUGCUGUUAUUAAACAUCGCUGGUGCAGACACCGUAAGGAUUGAUACGGCAGCGGGAGAGAAAGUUAGUUGACCCAUCUGCCAUCCGCAGCACGCUUUUUGGUGCUAUAUGGUGUCACCACGGGCCUGGUUGCUUUUGUUUUCGGUUACACUGCCGUUGCCUUGGACUCAUUAGCUUCAAGUUGGAAAUUCAGUGCUAGCCCGGGGCUAGCUGUAUAGCUCCGUCGGCUGCUUGGAAAUUUCUGUAUGGCAUCCAUGGAUUGAUAGCCUGACCAGGGUAAACGGUGAACUGCCUAUACUUAUUUAAAGUUUUUUUAUUUUCACAGAUAGAGGCCCUCAUGAGUCACUUGGAUUAAAAAUACAUUAGGAGGAAUAAGGGGCACCGACGAUCUGGCAUUGCGACACUGUUUGCAGUGCCGAGGCGCAGAGAGUUUGCCGUCAUGUAUUUUCUAACCGGCUGGCCCCGGAGGCUGCUAUGUCCGCUGAGGAGCGAAGAGGAGCCAUUCCACAUCCAGCCCAGCUCCCAGAGGUUUUACUUCGCCGUGCUGUCAGAGACACAGCUGAGCGUAUGGUUUAGUCGGCCCAGUGUUUUGAUAGUCAGCUAUAUCGAGUCUGCAAAGGCGGCGGCCCAGUUUGGCUUCUACCAGAAGGCAGAAUGGAAACCAGACGACUCCAUGAUAGCUGUGGCGACUGCCAAAGGCUACAUCCUCCUGUUUGAUGUGCUGGGUGGAGGGGAUGACAAGUACCUCUAUGAGCCUGUCUAUCCAAAGGGAAGUCCUCGUGUGAAGGUGACCCCAGGUUAUAAGGAGGAGCAAUGUGCCCCCGCUCUGUCUUUAGAGAUGAAGAAGCCUGUGGAUCUGGAGGCUCCCAUCACCAGUCUGCAGUCCCUCCAGGAGGACUUACUGGUGUGUACAGCAGACGGCUACCUCCAUGUUCUGCACUGGGAUGGGAUAGGCAGCAAUGGACGCAAGGCUAUCUGCCUCACUACAAUCCCCUUCUCACUAGACCUGCAGUCUGCUCGAGGUGGUCCCUCUCUGGACCUGGAGGGAGUGUAUAUCCGUUGUAUGGAGUAUUGUGUGACCCUGGAUGGAUUCGCUGUGGUUCUGAGUGACGGACGUCUGGGCUUCAUCACACCGCUCAGCAACACCAUCACUGCAGACCAGCUGCAGGGCGUCUGGGCCGCAGACGUCACUGAUGGCACCUGUGUGGCUGUCAACAACAAGUACAGACUGAUGGCUUUUGGCUGCGCCAGCGGCUCAGUACUGGUCUACAUGAUAGACACCACAACAGGAUCCAUGCAGCUCUCCCACAAACUGGAGCUCACACCAAAACACUAUCCAGACAUCUAUAACAAGACGGGUCCAGUCAAGCUCAUCUGUUGGUCACCUGACUACAGCGUUGCCAUGGUUACAUGGGAGUGCGGUGGCUUAUCGCUGUGGAGUGUCUUUGGAGCUCACCUCAUCUGCACUCUUGGAGAGGAUUUUGCGUAUCGUUCCGAUGGUACCAAAAAGGACCCCAUUAAAAUCAGCUCCAUGAGCUGGGGAGCAGAGGGUUACCACCUAUGGGUGCUCCCUAACAAGCAAGAGAGGAGGAGGCAGGAAGAGCAGGAGGAGGUGGAGAUGGUUGAACCCCCUCAAUCCUCCCUGCAGGCCGGCAUACUGCAGUUCCACUUCAUCAAGAGUGCCCUCACAGUCAACCCCUGCACGAGUAACCAGGAGCAGGUGUUACUCCAUGGUGAAGAUCGCCUCUACCUGACCUGUGGUGACCCCACGCAGGUCCACAGCACCUCUGACUCACACCCGCACACACACUUACACCCAUGUGACGGCAGCCCGCUGCAUCACCCCCCCAACCCCGACUCCGCUCUCUCUCAGGGACUCAGCACUUUACUGGGACACAAGCACUGGCACGUGGUCCAGAUUCACAGCACAUACCUAGAGAGCAACUGGCCUAUACGGUUUGCAGCCAUAGACACAGCAGGCCAGUGCAUGGCUGUAGCAGGGAGGCGGGGCUUUGCACACUACUCCUUAUAUACAAGGAAAUGGAAGCUGUUUGGAAAUAUCACUCAGGAGCAGAACAUGACGGUGACGGGAGGUCUGGCUUGGUGGAACGACUUUGUGGUGGUGGCCUGCUACAAUUUUAUAGACCAGCAAGAGCAGUUGAGGCUGUAUCAACGCUCAUCCAACCUGGACAACGCCUUUGCCUCGGUCACUAAGCUGCACUCAGACACUCUGCUGCUCAACGUCUUCAGAGACAUGGUCAUCCUGUUUAGAGCUGACUGCUCCAUCUGCCUCUAUAGCAUUGAGAGGAGGAACGACAGUCCAAACCCGUCAGCCAGCGUGGAGUUGCUGCAGGAAGUGUCGAUGUCUCGCUACAUCCCUCACCCGGCCCUCGUGGUCUCUGUCACACUCACGUCUGUGCGCACAGAGACUGGCAUCACGUUGAAAGCCCCGCAGCAGGCCUGCAUGGCAGAAAGCAUCAUGUUGAAUCUGGCUGGCCAGUUGAUCAUGCUACAGAGGGACCGUUCAGGACCACAGGUACGAGAAAAGGAGACACCCGCUAAUAACAAGAAGCUGCUACCAUUUUGUCCUCCUGUAGUGUUGGCCCAGUGUGUGGAGAAUGUGUGGACCACCUGUCGCUCCAACAGGAAGAAGCGCCACCUGCUGGAGGCCCUGUGGCUGUCAUGCGGUGAAGCCGGCAUGAAAGUGUGGCUGCCGCUGUUCCCCCGAGACCACCGCAAGCCCCACUCCUUCCUCUCCAGACGCAUCAUGCUGCCCUUCCACAUCAACAUCUACCCUCUGGCCGUGCUGUUUGAGGAUGCCCUGGUACUGGGGGCGACCAAUGAGACUGUGCUCUAUGACGGGCUGCAGGGAUCCUCAGAGCCGCUGGAGGCGCUGUUCCCUUACUGCACAGUAGAGAGGACCUCCCAGAUCUACCUCCACCACAUCCUGAGGCAGCUGCUGGUUCGCAAUCUGGGUGAACAGGCUUUGAUGCUGGCUCAGUCAUGUGCCUCCCUCCCCUACUUCCCCCAUGUCAUGGAGCUGAUGGUGCAUGUGGUUCUGGAAGAAGAGGCAACAUCGCGGGAGCCCAUCCCCGACCCUCUGCUUCCCACUGUGGCCAAGUUCAUCACAGAGUUCCCCCUCUUUCUUCAGACCAUCGUCCACUGCGCCAGGAAGACGGAGUAUGCCCUGUGGAACUACCUGUUUGCAGCUGUGGGAAACCCCAAAGAUCUGUUUGAGGAGUGUCUCAUGGCUCAAGACCUGGACACAGCAGCCUCUUAUCUGAUUAUACUGCAGAACAUGGAGGUUCCAGCAGUGAGCAGACAGCACGCCACCCUGCUCUUCAACACGGCGUUAGAACAGGGCAAGUGGGACCUCUGCCGACACAUGAUCCGAUUCCUCAAAGCCAUUGGCUCAGGAGAGAUGGAGACUCCACCCCCAACACCCACAACUCAGGAACCCAGCUCAACUGGAGGGUUUGAGUUCUUCAGAAAUCGCAGCAUAAGUUUGUCUCAGUCGGCAGACUCCAUCACCACAGGAAAGUUCAACCUGCAGAAGACCUUCAGUAUGCCUGCUGGACCCUCUGCUAAAGGUCGGGACGUGGAGUGCGCGGAGAACAUGUACAUUGAUAUGAUGCUCUGGCGCCACGCCCGUCACCUCCUGGAGCAGGUGCGCCUUCGCGACCUGGGAUGCUUCUCGGCACAGCUGGGCUUCGAACUCAUCGGCUGGUUGUGUCGAGAACGAAACCGCGUGGCUCACGUUGACGAUUUUGUGUCGGCGUUGAAGAGACUCCAUAAAGAUUUUCUCUGGCCGUUCCCUGUUAAUCCUGCAGGAAGCCUCAGCUCGCCCCUGAAGAACGGACGGUGUCGCACAGUGCUGAGCACUCGGCUGUUGAAGUCACAGUCAGCUGACAGCCUGUUGAACAGCGACAUGGACACAGUGCCACCUCAGGCAGCCCCCACCAACCACAACUGGCUGGACAGGCUUGGGCAAAGGCCCAAAGACAUGGACACGGCCUCGUCCGCUCACUCCAACCAGCACUCACCACAGACACAGGACGCCUUCCUGUCACUGCUCACCAACAAAGUGGAGGAGUACAGCAUCGGCUCGGCCACAGACCUGACUGAGACCAGCUCAGUGGUGGACGGUGACUGGACGAUGGUGGACGAGAACUCCUCCACUCUGAGCCUGAGCCAGGCCGAGCUGGAGCACAUCUCCAUGGAGCUGGCCAACAAGGGCCCGCACAAGUCGCAGGUGCAGCUCAGGUACCUGCUACAUGUGUUCAUGGAGGCCGGCUGUCUGGAGUGGUGCGUAGUGAUUGGUCUGAUCUUGCGGGAUGCAAACGUGAUCAAGCAGGUGAUCGGCUUCCUGGACAGCCCAGAGGUUCCCCAAGAGACUGUGCAGAGUGUCCGAAACGGCUUAUUGGCUGUCGACACAUGGGCUUCCACUGACUGCCUGGGAUACAAACCUUUUCUCAACCUGAUCCAGCCGCAGCUGCAGCAGCUGUUGGACUCUUCGCCCGAGCAGGUGCAGCCCGAAGCCUUCCAGCCCACCAGCCAGAGCUCCAAACUGGGCGGCUCCGAGGGGCUGGGAGGUGCUGCUGUGCCCCGACCCGAGGACAGCAGAGGAGUAGCGGCUCCUCUGGGCCUGGCCCUACCCUCCCUUGAACCUGCGGGAGGGUUUCCUCGUCCGCCCUCUGAGGACUGUCCUCCGGAGCAGACAGAGGAGCAGGGAGAGGAGGAGGGAAACUACGACUGCACCUUGUCCUGAACCCAGGGGCCUCCUCUGGACUCUAACCUGUGAACUUUAAAGAGAGGAGGGACAGCAGCGACAGCAGUGGCUGACUGGAAUUAGACUUUAUUUUUGAGUGUGCGUGUGCGCGCGUGUGUGUGUGCGUGCGUACGUGUGUGUGUGUGAGUCUGUGUGUGUGUGUGUGUGUGUGUGUGUGUGCGUGUGUGUGUGUGCGUGUGCGUGUGUGUGCGUGUGCACAUUAUGUACCUCUCCUGCAGGUUCUUUCAGUCAGUAUUAUCCACUCUUAAGAUUUGCCCUUUGUGUUGACUAGAGCCCCUGUGGAUACUGAGCUACCAAGAGAGCGACAGACAGCCCAACUGGCACAAAGACAUCACAGCACAACCAGAAACAGGGUUCAGUCGAACAGGUCUCACCUUACCAAAAUACUCUGAUAGAUAAAAAGCUCCCCUGUAUUAGAUUGAUGUGGUGUUUGGAAGCUGUAGACCAGCACAGGAAGGCACCAUGCUUUUCUUUUUCCAAAAAAACAGAUAUUUUGUGUGUUAUUUUUUUCUUUCGCAAUUGGAGAGUUUUUUUUUUUUUUCGUUUUUUUUCCCCCCUACUCUCCAAACAAAAAGCUCCAUUCUUUCCUUUGGUUAAUACAAACAGUGCAAGAAUCAGUUCAAAGACAAAAAAAUAAAUAAACCUGAGUGUAUUCGAUCACAGUAUCAUGCUACAUUGCGAAGCAUAAUGUAGAACAAAGCUCUAGUCAUGCACCAUUUACAAGAUGCACUGAAGUGUGUCUGAGCGUGUGGUUAAUUGUGCAGUUCUGUUUGUGUACACAAGAGGUGUUUCAUACUUUCAUACCUCAUAUGAUUUUAAAAAUAUUUUGUGAUACCUUUUUCAAUAAUGUAACAGUGUACAAAAUAACAUUAUUUUUCUAUCACUUACACCUUGUUCCUCUUGAGUCUCCCUGUUAAAAAAAAAAAAAAAAACAAACACAAAAAGCUCAUGGUAUGAAUUCUGUGUAAUUCUCCAUAAGAUGACGAUAAGAUUUCAAAAAAAAAAAAAAAAAAAAGUGGUCUCCUGAGAAGAAGAAUCCACCUUUGCGAGUGGAGACUAGUUUCUUACCACUGAUCAGUACCUCUGUUCAUGUAUUCUUCAUGCACCAACACCCCGACCUUGCUGCAGUCCAGGCCCAAAAAAAGUGUCUUGAGGGGGGUGGGGGUGGGGGGAGUCUGAGCCAGAAUCAGCUGACUGCUCUUCACCUUGUGGUCCAGGUUUUGACAACAAGCAAAGCAGAUCAGUGUUCAUGAGGUGAGGUGAAGUGAGGUGAGGUGAGGUGGGCGGGGGGGGUUUAAAAACCCAUGCUAUAAAAACCAAAUCAUACGAUGCGUUAUCCAGCUUUUAAAACACUCACUUGGGUUUCAGUCGGUCUGAGAGUUUCAAAAAUAUGUUUCCUGUCGAGGCAGAUCAUGAAUAUUGUGUUAUUUAAGCCAUCCCACUCUGUAGAUUUUUGUACCUGUCCCUUGUUGCAAGAGCACCGUUUGAUUCCCCUGUCAGUGUUAAUCCGUGACACGUCAGUAUCAGUCCGACAAAAGAGGAUGAAACUGAUGUCACUGUUGCCUUGGCUGUGGUUGUGUAAUGGAAGAGCUGUUGUGUAAUUUAACCUUCACCAUCUGAUAAGGACUUAACAUUUCGUCCAGUCCAACAUGCAUAUCACAUCCCUGAACCGCUUGAGACAAUGACUUCCGAUUUCACUGCAUGCAUUCGUGUGCAUCUGUGUGGAGUUCUGAAUGCCUCUACCACAUCGUAUCGAUAAUGUGUUGACAUGUUUGGUGACUUACAUCACAUGGAAUUGAUUUUUAUUGUACUAGUCUCAUUAUUACUAUUAUUUAUUGGCAUUAUAGCUGAAUGAUCAUUGCUGAAUUGAUACCUGGAGAUGUGCUUGGUUUGUUUUUAAGACUGAUAAACUUUUUUUCCCCUUUUUAGUUAAUCAAAAAGUUGUGUAUUGGCUCUCUACCAUAAGCACUAAAAGGUUUAUUCACAGAUAUGUCAGUAUUAUGUUGUGCAAUGUAUUGAAAUGUUACUCAGCUUUAUUUUUUAUGUUCACUGCUUCUUUUCUGUUUUUGUUUUUUUUUUUUUUUCCCCCAUCUGUUUGCUUUUUAUUUUUCACGAUAGACCAAAUCAUAUUUUAUAGAUAAUUCUUUGCUCUCUUGUCAGUGUGUACAAAGACGAGCUGGGUGUGGUAUCUGUUGAAAUUUAGAUUCUUAAAUGGUAUCUGUUUUAUGACUUGCCUGUAUUGUCAGAACACUCUUCUCUAUUCACAAAAGGGCAAAAAUGACUUUGCGGCACAGUGCUGCUGUCGCUGAUGUACUGUUGUCACUCAAUGUAAAUCCCGCUGCACCCUCGUUCCAGUGGGCCUGUCUCCACUCUGAACAAGCCUACAGCUACACUACGCUGCUCUGCUGUAAGCUUUACUUGACUUGAAAAUGGUAACUUGAUGAACCAAAGACUUUUACGUCCAGAGGCCUUCUGUUUUAAGCGGUUGCUUCGGUUGAGCGCUUGAGUCAUUAUGCAGAGGGAACAAAACCUCACACUCGCGCGCACACACACAAACACACACACAUGACCCAUCCCUCUCAUUGGAAACAUAACCAUCAAUGCUCAAACUAAUGCUGACAGCAUAUGAGACAAUUUCCUACGGAAAUGAAUAUAGCAGAUAUUUUAUGGUUUCCUUCUCUGCAGGCAAGGAGCGGUCGGUCAGGUGUGUCUCGUGGUACUCGGGUGUCACGUUCACACAGACGUGGACGGCGCUCCCUCCCUCCUGUGUACAGUUUAAAAGUAUUGCCUGUUUCCUGACUCAGAGUAGAGUUUUAUUUCUGGGGCAGGAGCAGCAGACAUCCUCAAUGCAGUGUAAAGAUACUCUCUUGUACAUUUGCCUUUUCUACUCAUGUUUGGUUUUCUACUUCAUUUUUUUCCCCUGUACAUAAAAAACCAAUAAAUUAUUUUUAAAAAUG